UGGACCACUGCAACACCAACCAUUAGCAGACAACUAUCAAACUACGGCCGUCUGACAGUCAUUUUUUAAAUCUUACACAUCAUCCUCACCGGUAAACAAUGUGACCAAGUGAGGAGAACACCUUGGUGAGGACUGUCAGAAACACAUGACAACCAACUUUGGUUGUUGUGAGAGGCUCACGACCAUGGCAUCCCAGCCGAGUGUAAACAAUGAGGAGAGGAAUCUUCUUCGCCGCCAAGCAUGGGAACAGAGGAUCCAAGAAACAAGCCAAGCCAAAGAACUCAACCCUGACAAUGUGCCACUCUUUGGAGAACCGUACAAAACAAACAAGGGGGACGAGCUUUCCAAUCGAAUCCAGAGGAUGCUGGGCAAUUAUGAAGAUGUGAAUCAUCCCAGUCCUUUAACCAUUGAGCCCUUACCCGUUCCUACUUAUGUAACCUUCUCACAGUCAGAUCAAGGUCAUCCAAACACAGAUAAAUCAGCCAAACCUCCAUUCCAUAACCAGGCCCAUUACAUGUCCAACCAAAGCCAAACAGGCCCCUUGAGUAACAGUUACUCCUCUCAGCCCACUAGGGCGUCAACUGCGUCUGCUUCUCCCAACCACCAUGGACAUUCAUCCACUUUGUCAAAGGCUUCCUUUAACCACAGUCAUCUCAGCCACUCAACACAUCAACAAAAGAAGAGUGAGUCCUUCUCAGAUCUCAGGGAGCAUGUCAGCCUUCCUCAGGAAAUGUCUGCUCAGGCUCCUGAUGCUAAACCACAACCCUUCCUACAUUCCAGUGACCACAAUAACACAGAGCCCAAAGACACGGACACUAAGGACACCUUUGAUUUCCAUCUUCUUCAAGGGUCCACCGAUCACCCCUUUGCCAGCACCAUGGAUGUUUCAACAUUAAAUCUUAAGCAGUCCCCUAAAGAUGCAUGUCUGCCUCAAGCCAGCAAGGGUAACACGCUACCCUCGCAGACCUUCCCUCCACUCCAGUCGUCUAAGCAGCCCAGCGUAGUCAUGACCCAGAAGCCAACAGCAUAUGUGCGGCCCAUGGAUGGCCAGGACCAGGUGGUCAACGAGUCACCUGAGCUCAAGCCUUCACCAGAGCCAUAUGUACCUCUACCAGAGAUAACGGUCAACAAACCUGACCUGGGCAAAACAAAGAUGCUGCCACAGUUUUUGGAGACAAGAACAAAUGAAGCUCAGUGUGUGGAGGACAUCUUGAGGGAAAUGACCCACUCAUGGCCUCCUCUCCUGACAACUAUACACACACCUUUCACAGAAGAACCCUCCAAGUCCCCUCUCCCAGCUAAGGAAGCAAAAAACGUCUCUUCAUGCACGGGACAAAAAAAUUGUGACUACUCUUCUACACGUCCAUCCCAUCUCAACCAAAAGAGCUCCUCAUCUUCAUUUGAAGCAGCACAUUCCAGCGGAGUAGAGUCUGCAAGCUCCAGCGACUCGGAGAGUAGCUCAAGAUCAGAGUCGGACAGUGAAAGUGCCACUGAGGAGCUGCCUCAACCCCUAGUGAGCAGCUCGGUUAAAAUGGAGCCUGAUGCUCCAGCAGUGACCCAUGGUGACUGGCAAUUGGGGAACUGGAUCAGGUCCAGCCAGCAGAACUCCAGCACUGAAAGCCAAGAUGUCUCUGAGAGCCCGGCGCACAAACAGCUACAGCCCACUGACAGUUCCAAGCACUCAAGUGUGGAGGUGAUCGGCCCCAGCAGGGAGUCUAAACCUCAGCUUUCUUCUCGCCAAAAAGACAACCUUCCCAAACCCAAGCAGUGCAGUGAAAGCUCUCAGCAUGACUAUUACCCGAAAAGUAGCCAAAAAGCCCCCUCUGUUGAACUUAACAGCUGUACCACUUCCAGGAAACUUUCGGGCAACACACACCCCUCCAAACCAGUGAAGGCAGCGUGUUCAGAUCACACUGAAACAGCUCUCAUUGUGAAAUCUGAGGAAGUUGUAGCCACACGAGUCAAAGACCCGUGUUUCACAGAUAGACCCAAGGUGAAAACGAAAACGGUUCAUUGCAAGAAAAUGAAGGUUAGCAGUGACACUAAAAGAGACAGUAAGAGGACUUCUAAACACACCUCACUUGACAAGCGAAAGGCUGAAUCAGAGCCGCGGCCUGACAUCACGCCAAUCCCACACGGUCAUUGUCCAUCUUGCGGUGUGAGGUACCCUAACCCCUGCUCCUGCCCCACUCCUUCUCAGCCUGCUCAGCCUGACCAGCUGUUUCUGGCCCCUGCAGUCAGAAUCAGUUGUAGCAUACCCAAAACAGAAACUAUCUGCCAGAAGAUGCCUCACAAAACUUCAUGCCCUGCAACCCACAAGCACUCAGAAAAGACCGGGCAUGCUGCCAAAGGUUCUCGGGACCCCUGUAGGCCUCCUAGAUCCCUGCUGGUGAAGAUUGAUCUAAGUCUGCUCUCAAGAGUCCCCCAGACCUCAGACACUCACCAAAGGAUACCCAGCAAUACAAAGAGACCAGCCCUGGUCGUAGAGCAAGAAGGAGGGGGUGGCGGCGGCUGCGAUGCUCCUACAACACACAAACACACCAAAACCAGCAAAAAGAGUAUACCUCAAAAUGUUGAGGUAGACAAUAAAACUCUUCCCAGGAAAAAACAGAGACUGGAUAACAAGAAUACCUCAUCAACUAAUGCUUCCAUCAAACUGGAAAGUUCCAGCAAUCCAACAGAGGAGCAGGAGCGAAAGAAGGCCAAGAAAAAGCCUGUAAAUUUGCAGCAGACUCAAACACCCAAAGACACUAAUAAAGACUCAAAGAUACACAAACGGUCUACUGGGGAGACCCAGGAGUCCAGUAAAGAGACUGUAAAGAGAAAAGACUCCCACAAGCACAGGAAGAGCAGCGGAAAACACACACAAUGCUCACAUGUUGAAAAGAAGCCCCCAAAGAGAAGCCUACCCGUCCCACCAUCAUCUUCACAGUCCACCAGGGAAACUGUGACCAACAGGCCUUUGCUCAGAUUUGAUGACAGGCACUAUCCAGUGAAGCAUUACAUAAAGGAAGCCAAAAGACUGAAACACAAAGCAGAUGCAGAGAUGGAUAAACUCAGUAAAGCUUUCAACUACCUGGAUGCAGCCAUGUACUUUGUUGAGAGCGGCAUUGCCAUGGAAAAAGAUCCACAGAUUUCAAUGUCUUCAUACACUAUGUUUGCAGAGACUGUAGAGCUUCUCAAGUUUGUACUGAAACUUAAAAACACAGUGGAUCCCUCUGCUCCGCCUGCUGAAAAGGACUUUUUAGCUUUAUGUUUGAAGUGCCAGUCUCUCCUGCAGAUGGCCAUGUUUCAACACAAACACAAAACUGCACUUAAGUAUUCAAAGACCCUCACUGAUCACUUCAAUAACUCUGCUCAGGCAACACAGGAUCCUUCUGUCUACACAUUAAAAGGCAUAGACACCCCGUCCCCUACGCCCAGCAUGUCGUCUCCAGCCAGCACAUCCACCAGCUCAGGUCCUGGCUUCAGCCGCAGCGGGUUGGUCGUGGGCCCUGUUGGCAGCACUGUGGCAGUUCCUCAGGCCAUUGAACAAGUGGCAUUCACUUACGUCAACAUCACUACGUUAUUCCUGAGCGCUCAUGACAUCUGGGAGCAGGCGGAGGAGCUGGCACACAAAGGCAGCGGUUUGCUGACGGAGCUGGACACUAUUAUGGGCCCAUUGAGUCUAACAUCAACUAUGAGCUCUGUGGUUCGUUACACAAGACAAGGUGUCCACUGGCUGCGGCUGGACAGCCAAAAGGUAAAGUGACCAACAGCCUGCUCCUCCCACUAGAUGCCUUCAGACCAUCUGACACCGACACCGGUCUCUCAACACCUGGUUACACAUCUGCCGGCUGUGUUUUUCUAAUUUCACUUGGACCUGAACUCAUCUCGUCAAAAAGGGAGACACAGAUGUCAUCUCGGGUCUGUGGAGUUUCACACUUGUUUGUUCUUUUGUUUCAUUUUUUGUCUCUCUCUCUGUUUCUCUUUUUUCUCUGGCACAAAAAGCAGGCUGCAUCUGGUGCCUCGCUAGAUUUAACACGCCUUCCUUUUCAUUUAUGAAGUGAUGUCAUUGAUGGGGCUUUAUUGAGGAGUCUUUUAACUAAAUUCAGAUGGAAACACAUCAAAUAUAACCAACAGUGCCGUUUAGUGGCUCUACAAUUCCACUCAGCUUUAUCACGUGUUUAUGGUGGUGCAAGCACCGACACAGAUCUUAUUUAUUAUUGUUACAAUCACAACUUUAGUUUUUUUAACGAUGUUGCUAAUAUGAUUUGUAACUCAGACUUCUGAUUAAGCCUGGAAAAGGCACUUGAAUCAUUGAAUCAUGUCUGAAAAAUAUCACCACACAGUUUUAUUUAAUAUCUCUUAAAAAGAGAUAAGGUUUACUUGUCUGAAAGAUUGGCUUGAUUAAGAUGUUUUUCUUAACCACAAAUCACCUUUAAAAAAAACAACAUUUCAGUUCAUCACAAUAUUGGUAUCACAAUGGUGUUUUUUCCUUUACAAGAACAAGGUGUGACAUUGUCUAAUCUUGACUGCAGGCAGUAGCAAUAAAUCAAAUACAGGGAAAUUGUUGCUGCUAAAAAUUGAGUGUCCAACAGCACUAACUUGUAAUAAUACAAAACACAUUUAAUUUAUUCAGUUUAGUGACUUUAAACUAAUUCGGAAAUUGAAAAUAGAAAUGUCAACCAGGAAUUAUUAGUCAGACUUAGAGAUUUAAUUCUGAUACACAUAAAGUUUGAAAGACUUUCUUUGAAGUUGAAAGAAUUAAAAAAAAAAACCCAUAAUGUCCUUCUAAUGAGACAUUUAUUUAUCCUCAAAAGACAAAAACCAUGUUAUUAUACAUAUAUUAUCCAGGUUGUCUCAAAGCGAAGAUGAAUGUGGACACAGUUUAUAAUCUGCUCAUGAAUAAUGAGUAAGAGCAGGUACAACAUUUUCAGACCGUGUAAAGGCCGUAAGAGGCCGUUUUUCAACAUGUUUCUCAUGAAAAGUCCUCAUGUAUCAGGUGGAACUGAAGCCUGAAUAAAUUUCAUAAUGUAACCAUUUCUUAAGUCGUCUACAGUAAGAAGUUAGUUUGCAUGCUGAAGAUGUUUCAGACUCAUGUUUCUGACGUUUCACUGUUUUGGUUUUGUGGUUGACGGCUGCAGCUCGGGCUUGUGGGAGAAGAGGCGAUUUGGCCGUCAUAUUUUUGUGGCUGUAGCCGGUUUCAGACCAAAGCAAACUUGAUUUUUAUGCUCAUCUUGUUAUACAUUUUUGCACUUGCGCUCUCCUUCCAGUAAAAAUCAGACAACAUGCAAGAACAAAAAGAGGGAGAACUUUUACACCCGUCUUUGUUUAAGUAUUGUAGUAGAAGUUGUUCACAGUUUGAGUUACCUUUUCAAUUAUAGUGGGAGGACCACAGUCAUUCAACAGAUAUAAAACUACAGUUAUGUUCCCUUUUAUGUGUUUUUGCACCAAUAAGCUGCUUUCCUGUAAGUGUUUCUCAUGCUUCUGUUCAGUUGCAAAUUGUUUCCUAGACGAGUAGAAUGAAUGGCCGAACUAUUAAGCUUGUUAAAAAAAUGCACUUUGAGUAUUUUCAGUUCAUUUCAGUGUGCUUUUUGAACGAAAGGAAACCCAAGACCGACAGGACUGUGCUCUUGUACUCUUGUUUGUUGUCACUUUUAAUCCAAGCAAUAAAGCGUGCGUUACGUUGGCUCAGAAAUUAAGUGAGGUGUUGUUAUGACAGGGUCUUGUGCCGAUAAAUAAAAUAAUCAGUAUGAAAUAACGACGCCAAAAAGGAAACAUUCGUUUGGAUUAGCGCAUUUAAAAAUAAGCGCAUUUCUUGAAAUGAGUGCCAUUGGGUUUUCGACAUUUUUCGCUUGUGCUAAUUCAGUUGGCGUGUCCGUGCAAUUACGCGAUAAAAGGGCUAUAGAAGGAUCACAAAGUGUUCCUAACUUUAUUUUCUCACAUAAAUGAUAAAGUGAUAUUUUUUUAAGUAAGGAGCGAGUACACUGGUGCCAUGAUGUUAGGGAUUAUUUUUAAGUACAGCAGGCUGCUAUAGAAAUGAUCUUUAGAGUCUCUCACCACAAAGUCUUCACUGCACAUGAGUUAAAAACUGCAAAUUUUGGCAUUUGACAUUCAUAAUUAGUUAAUAAGUAGUAAAUGUGUUUCUUUUUGUCUCGUGUCUUCCAACCUGUGGCUUUAUUUCCAUCAUCCUCGGCCGUUGGUGCUUUGUUUAUGAACUACUCUGCAACAAGUUUACACUUCUUCUUCAUGUCCAAAUAAUUAUUUACUGGAAAAAAAAUGUUCAAAAAGGCUUUUUGAAGGAUGUGUUUUUUUCCUUUUGUGAAGUAUGUAAAGAAUUUGUGUUGCAGUGUACAGAGAUGAAU